AUGUCAUUAACAAAUGUCUAUCAUGUGCGCCGCGUGGCGGAUACCUCCGCAAAAGCAUGCCUGAUUUGCUAUAAGCCAUCAACCAGCGUAAUGAUCACUCCAGACAACAAGGACUUCUUCUACGUGUGCCCCGCACACCUGCAAGACCGGCACUUCUGUUCACCAAUAAUCGACACAGAAGGCCAAGCAGCGCGUGCCAAAGAAGAAGCAAUGGCCAAAGAAAUUGAAAAGGUCAAAAAUGAGUACGAGGAGAAGCAGCGACGAAAGAAAGAGCGAGAAAAGGAGUCUAAAAGCAAAGACGAUCAAGAGAAGAAAGACAAGGAAAACCCCAAUGUUUCAGAGACAAAGGAUGAAAAGGAGAGGGAUGAAAAGAUUGCUUCUAUUCAGAAGGGCACUGAACCAGAAAAGAAAACGGACGAUUCACCUCGUGUUUUUGCUUUGCACAAAAAUUUCUAUCAGAUGCGCAUUGACCGGUUACGCAAUAUUGAACUGGGAAAGCGGAAUCAGGAAAGACUGAAGAACCCCUCAUUGUUUCCCUCUGUGCCAUCUGGAAACCCUUAG